AUGUCAUUAUUUUGGUUCUAUAUCUCUGCGUUUUUUUUAAGAAAAUGCAAAGAUAACAUGUGGCUUAAUUCUGAAAUUCAAAUUCUGGUUGUCCGCUCAAAUAUUGUUAUAAAGUUAAAUUUAUAUAAUGUGUAUUUCGGUGCAAUGGUAUAUUUUUAUGCUUUCACUCCCACAGUCAGGGUGUCGUUCCCAAUCUGGGUUGGUCUUCCUUUUACUAUAACAAAGUCAAAAGGUCAAACCCACUGGGGAUCAAGGAGUAUACUUAAUGCUCAGGAAGAUAUUACUGCGCAUAAAGAAGUACUGCAGUUAACUAUCUUUAUAUUUUACAGAUUUGUUGGACAUUAUUUUGAUGAAUCCGAGAAAUCGGGAUAA